CAGAUCGACGAAGUCAUCAACAUCUCAGAGCCGAAUGAGCACCGAUUGGCAGAUACGAGAGGAAGGAUGUUGAAACUACUUCUCACGGAUGGAACCGAAAAUAUUUGUGGGUUGGAGUUGAAUGAGAUCCGAGAUUUGAGCGUGAAUUCUCCCGCGGGUGUGAAAGUACUUGUCAAGGAUUUUGAGAUGAGACGCGGUGUGGCUCUAUUUGGUCCGCACAAUCUCUGUGUUCUUGGGGGUAUGUGCUCAGAUCUAGAGAAGAAGAGGCAAAAGGCCAUGGCCGAGCUGGAGAAA